CCCUUCUCUAGGUGCCCCGACUGCUGGACAGAAGGCUUGUUGAAGUUUUCAGAAUUCCUGGAUGCACUUAAAUACUUUGUUGUUUGUUUGUUAAUGUAUGUGUCGACUUCUGGCCAUGAUUGAGUUUUCUCUUUAUCGUUCCCGUGAUCCCGUCCGAGUUCGAUUUUGUGCUUGGAAUUUCUGGAUUGGGAAGGUUCAGCGGCGCUUCAUGCCCCUCGCCCCUUCGUUUUUGAAGGAAGUGCCCGUCAGUCACAGUGAACUGCAUUCUUUUGCUGAGCUCUGGGAGAAAAAGACAAAGCCAAAAGAAUGCAAUGGUGUAAAGAUUCCUGUUGAUGCCAGUAAACCUAAUCCAAAUGACGUGGAGUUUGGUAAUCUGUAUUUGGAUAUGAAUGGAAUCAUCCAUCCCUGUACUCAUCCUGAAGACAGACCGGCACCAAAAAACGAAGAUGAAAUGAUGGUUGCAAUUUUUGAAUACAUUGACAGACUUUUCAAUAUAGUAAGACCAAGAUGACUUCUCUACAUGGCAAUAGAUGGAGUGGAACCACGUGCUAAAAUGAACCAGCAGCGUUCGAGGAGGUUCAGAGCAUCAAAGGAAGGAAUGGAAGCAGCAGUAGAGAAGCAGCGAGUCAGGGAAGAAAUACUGGCAAAAGGUGGCUUUCUUCCUCCAGAAGAAAUAAAAGAAAGAUUUGACAGCAACUGUAUUACACCAGGAACCGAGUUCAUGGACAAUCUUGCUAAAUGCCUUCGCUAUUACAUAGCUGAUCGUUUAAAUAAUGAUCCUGGGUGGAAAAUUUUGACAGUUAUUUUAUCUGAUGCUAGUGCUCCUGGUGAAGGAGAACAUAAAAUUAUAGAUUACAUUAGAAGACAAAGAGCUCAGCCUAACCAUGACCCAAACACUCAUCAUUGCUUAUGUGGAGCAGAUGCUGAUCUCAUUAUGCUCGGCCUUGCUACAUAUGAACCCAACUUUACCAUUAUUAGAGAAGAAUUCAAACCAAACAAACCUAAGCCAUGUGCUCUUUGUAAUCAGUUUGGACAUGAAGUUAAGGACUGUGAAGGUUUGCCAAGAGAAAAGAAGAGAAAGCACGAUGAACUUGCAGAUAGUCUUCCUUGUGCAGAAGGAGAGUUUAUCUUCCUUUGUCUUAAUGUUCUUCGUGAGUAUUUGGAAAGAGAGCUCACCAUGGCCAGCCUACCGUUCACAUUUGAUGUCGAGAGGAGCGUUGAUGACUGGGUCUUCAUGUGCUUCUUUGUGGGAAAUGACUUCCUUCCUCACCUGUUGUCGUUAGAAAUUUGGGAAGGUGCAAUUGACCGUUUGGUUAACAUAUACAAAAAUGUGGUUCACAAAACUGGGGGUUACCUUACAGAAAGUGGUUAUGUCAAUCUCAGAGUACAGAUGAUCAUGUUAGCAGUUGGUAAAGUUGAGGAUAGCAUUUUUAAAAAGAGAAAGGAUGAUGAGGACAGUUUUAGAAGACGACAGAAAGAAGAAAGAAAGAGAAUGAAGAGAGAUCAACCAGCUUUCACUCCUGGUGGAAUAUUAACCCCUCAUGCCUUGGGUUCAAGAAAUUCACCAGGUUCUCAAGUAGCCAGUAAUCCGAGACAAGCAGCCUAUGAAAUGAGGAUGCAGAAUAAUUCUAGUCCUUCAGUAUCUCCUAAUACGAGUUUCACUUCUGAUGGCUCCCCGUCUCCGAUAGGAGGAAUUAAGCGAAAAGCAGAAGACAGUGACAGUGAACCUGAACCAGAGGAUAACGUCAGGCUUUGGGAAGCUGGUUGGAAGCAGCGGUACUACAAGAACAAAUUUGACGUUGAUGCAGCUGAUGACAAAUUCCGUCGUAAAGUUGUACAGUCGUACGUUGAAGGGCUCUGCUGGGUUCUUCGAUAUUAUUACCAGGGCUGUGCUUCCUGGAAGUGGUAUUAUCCAUUUCAUUAUGCACCAUUUGCUUCAGACUUUGAAGGUGUUGCAGACAUGCCUUCUGAUUUUGAGAAGGUUUAA